AUACACUUCAAGGGCGUCAGCAGCGAUCUUACCCCACAUAGUAGUCCAAAUGUCAAUGAAUCCAAUGAGCCUGUUAUUAGAACAUGCAAGAAACAGUUGGACGAAGCAAACACACUAGGAUUUUCCACCACUAGUUUAAAAGGUUUAGCGAGCCGUUCGUUCUCCCGGGUAUAGUUGUCUGUUAGGGUAAGACGGUCGAUGUCCAAACAAUGGGGUGGGACCUGCAGAGCAGUGACCAAUGGUCAAGUGGUUCUGGAACUACGCACAUUUGUAUAUAUGUCCGAGUGUAACGGUCAAUAUGUAUGAUAAAGGGGUUCUAGCACGCGGUAUGUAUAUGAAGGUACGGGUAUGGCCUGGAUGGGACACAGUACCGGACAUCUCCUCACACACAACGCACGCCGUCUAACUAACGUGGCUAUUUGUUGAUUUAUUUGCAGAACAAAUGAAGGUGGAGUAGUAGUAGCGGUAACGCAGCGACAGCAGUACCAGCAGCAGCAGCAACCCGCCUCAGCCUCAGCCAGCCAGCCAGCACAACUAUCACAACAGCGCUAAUGAUACCACUCGCUUUCUACCCGGACCGGAAAACUGCGGGACGCAAGUAUUAAAUGGUGACAUCCCACAGUGGCAAUGGUCAAGUAAAGCAGGUGACAUCUCGGGAUGACCCUUCACGCUCUUGGACGUAAUUGUUCCAGUGGACAUAGCUGGUUACGCUAGUGAUUCUGUUGGAUAAUUGUUACAGUGGAAAUUAUUUCAUCUUUGUUACAUUUUUAUAUUUCUUCUCAAAAGUUGUACUUGGAUAUUUGUGAGCUCGGAGACCAAUUCGGUUCAUUUGUGAGCGAUACAUACUUGAUUAUGCUGAGGAAAAGUAAACUUAAAGAUCCUCGGAGUGACGUCAAAGGAAUAUACCUGAUGACAGUGGUAGAGGGACUAUACGUUCAGUUACUGCUGAUGUGUGUAAUACAAAUGGUUGACAUGACGACACUUCCACCUGUGUUUAACCCUACUCCGCUCAACGUAACGGCUUAUGUGGGAGAGACAGCCACACUUCCCUGUUCUAUCAGUAACCUCGGAUCUCGGGAGGUGAUAUGGAAGAAAGUUAAGGAGAAGCAUGCUCUGACUGUGGGUGAGUUUGUGUUCGUCAAGGAUCCCAGCUUCAGUGUAAAACACAUACCGUACCGGGACGAGUGGAAUCUGAUGAUCAACAACAUUCAGCUCAAACACGCCGGCAAGUUCGAGUGUCAGGUCAGCACCAAAGAAAACAUGCAUCGAUUCAUCACGCUCACAGUCUCAGACAAAAAGAAACGGAUAAAGAAUGAGCCGAGUAAAAACUACCCAGAGGUCCACAUAUCCGGACCCAAGUUUGUAGAGCGAGGACACCCUAUACGCCUGACAUGUAACGCCACAGGCUCCAUCAGGCCUCCAGAGCUGAUCGACUGGUUCCAGGAGGGACGAAAGAUUAAAUCGAACUCCCUUGGAGGAAUCUCCAUCUCAAAGUAUAUGCGCCAGGAAACAAACACACUUUACAGCGAACUCGUCAUCAGACACAGCGAUCAGAUGGAUUCCGGGACGUACAUCUGUCGCAGCUCGGAAGAUAAGAUCACAAGCCAUGACUUACUCGUAUUAAAUGGUAGGUCAGCCAAUGGACCGUCGGAUGUACUCAAUGCACAAUCUCCGGUCGGAAAACGAGAAUCUAAUAUAGAUCCGGAUAAUUUACCUAUUAAUGAAGAUCCAUCAAAAACAGGGAACCAUCAGAGUCGGAAUCGACCGUCCCACGGGGUGUUCGUCUGUGUGCUUCUUAUUUCCAUCGUACUCAUAUGAGUCUCUUCCGGUGCUGGUGAGUUGUUACGGUAGGGACCAAUCAUUGCGGUUCCCACUACACUUACAUAGAGCCUAUUUUUGUACGUACGUAAGAGGAACAGAACCUUGCCUCGACGACUGCUCUGCCACGUGUGGGCGAGGCCUUGCUUUAUCAUACUACCAACAGAACGGAGAUUACGGAAGGCAGGCAGGCACGCCCGGGGCCCUACAGACGUCGAGACGAAGGAUUGUUGAAAACUUGGGACCAAACUACGCUCAAUCGUUCUUUUGUUUUGUUUUGUUGACUUUUCUACUUAAUAAUAUGUAUGAAGAGGGAUUCUACCUGCAUUACGGGUAAAGCUAGUGGGAUCCGUCUUAUAUCUCCUUUGGACCCUCAUGGCCAAAUGAUACCACUUGAUAUAUAUGACAUUUUCAUUUGAGGUACCCUACAAACGAUCAAGAUUUCACAUGUGUUCAGAUAUAUCAUGAUCACAGUAAAAAAAAACAAGUACUAUUCAAACUAGUCACAAAGGUCACAUGACCCCAUUGAUGCUACUUGUGAUCGUUCACUGCUAUGUGGAGACAGUUCACGGUUACGUGGAAGCAGUUCACUAGGAUGUGGCCUGCAUGCUACUUGUAUGCUAUUUCCGAUUGUAUGCAGGUAUGCUACGGGAAUUCUAAUCGCGUUUAGAAGCUCUGUGACCAUCACAUCACGACGAGCUAAUUGGCACGUGCAUAGUGCAGGAAUAGCACGUGUAACAUGUGGUACCUAUGGCAGUUUAUGACCUGUGAACAUGGGUGCAGGAUAAGGCUGGGUCGGCCUGUGGUCUUGUCCCACUAGACACGUGCGACCAUGUGAUAACUUCAGCUGAUGACACAUAUUUCACUACAUUCCGGAGAGCUAUAUUACAAGGGGGAGACAGAUUGAUACGUGUUUUCUACGGGAGAUACAGUAAACGUGGAACAACGUCGGCACUUUCUAUAGAAGGUCCUGGAAUAGACGGAAAACAACAUUGUUAGUAUUUCCUUUGAUGUUACAGAAUAUGUUACAUAACUAAUGUGGACAUGACGACUGAAUUACUUACACGUGAUUCUAUUUGUUAUGUAUAUAAUGCCGGGCGUUUUUAUUGCGUGCGAGAGUACUGGAGUAACGCAGCGCCGUUAACACUCUGACAGUGGGGAGCACACUGAACACUUGAGUCUUUAGUUUUCGAGUCGAUUCGGAGGGCAUUCCAUACAUUUCAAAACGAUAUCAUGUACUUAUUUAUUACAUUUCAUCCAGAUUUUCUCAUUGGUGAAAAAAGUUGUUGUACUUAGGUUAAUUCUGAGGGGUAUUGACACUGAUUGUUGUUUCCCUACUCGUCCGUCCCAUCUCUAGUAAACAUGUACCAAUCAAGUGAUGAACGCUAUGCAAACAGUCUUCCAUUAAUACAACUGUAGACAACAUUGCAAUGAUGAUGUUUUUUAAAUAAAUAUGACAAAACAGUAUAGGGUUGUGUUAAUACAUGUAUA